AGCAAUACACAGUGGUCUGAGGAGCCAUAAACAAACCUCAACCGAAACGCCACUCUAUAGACACAAAUAAUGCUCAGAACAGCACCUAACUUCAUCAACAGUACAUAUAGGGUCCCAGCCAAAGCACGAGCCACCAAACAUCUUUUUAACUUUGCCUAAUUUCUUUAGCAAAGAGACCAAACACAACUCACCUACUCUCUUCCAGCAGCCACUUGUUUGUAUCGAGACCUCAGGCCAGUCCAUCGACUGCUGCGGGGUGACGCAGCUCAAGGAAGAACAUUUAUGAUCAUUUCUUUAUCAUUUCCUUGAAGUAAUAAUCAUCAUAUUAAUCAUUUUCCACUGCAGACGCAGUAGUUCUUCUGCCUUAGUGUCUCGGUCUGAUUGCAUUUCCAUGAAGAAAUGAUCAUAAAUGUUCUUCCUUGAGCUGUGUCACCCCGCACCAGUCUGUAAUGGACUCGCCCGGAGGUCUCAGCAGCUGCUGGAAGAGAGUAGGUGAGAUAUGUUUAGUCUCUUUGCUAAAGAAAUUGGGCAAAGUUAAAAAGAUGUUUUGUGGCUGGGACCCUAUAUGUACUGUUGAUGAAGUCAGGUGCUGUUCUGAGCAUUAUUUGUGGCUAUAGAGUGGUGUUUUGUUUGGGGUUUGUUUAUGGCUCCUCAGACGCUGUGUAUUGCUAUAGUCGGUUGUUACUAAAGUUGGUUUAACUAGAGAAGCAAGCGGUGGGCAACAUUUAUCUCUCGAGGGGGUGUCCAACUUGGUGUUACAGUGUGUUUGCCCCUAAAUUAAUUUUACGCCGGAAUAUCCCUUUAAGGUCCAACUCACACUCCCUCUAAAUUUCCUGACUUUAUAUUGGCAGUAAAUGUACCAAAGCAGCUUAAUACAGUGAUUGUAGUUUUAUGGAUUUAACUAUUUUAUCCAAUUUUCAAUCAUUGAGCCAUCCAACUCUUAAUACCGCUGUGCUAGUUUUCAUCUGUGAUAGAUGAGCAAGUAACAGCUGUUUCUCAGGAGGCCAAAAGCUUACCUCAACUCCAAUUCUGCAACAAUUCAUAACAAAUCUGGGACUCAUACAGGGGAAAAUCAGGACUUGAGAAACCAUCCAGGUUCUUAACAGCUCAGUGAUCGCACACAGUAAGACAGUCAGCAAGGGCAAGUAAUCCAAGAGGGAAAAUCCACAAAACCCAAAUCCAGAAAUCCAAGCAAAGUUCAGAAACAACACUGGAGAGCAUGAACACACAAGGGUGACAAUCUGGCAGAGAAUGCAUGGAAACACUUGGGAUUAAUUUCAGGUCAGGCUGAUGAGACGAGAGACAUCAGUAAGAAAGAGCAGAUGUCCUUCCUCCAUCUGCUAUGCAUCAUUAUUACAAAGAGACUGUUCAUCCCCCCUUGGAAGUAACAAUACGCCUGGAUGCUGCAGCUCUUUCACACAAAAUUCUGAAGAAGUCCAGCUUUAACCACGUAAUCCACCUGGCACAGUGAGCAUAUGACUGUGCCUGUGUUAUGAGCGGAAAGAACACUCAUCAAAUCAGGGGCCCACACAACUUUUAUAUUUACUGCAAUGCACUCUGCUGCAACUGAGCCUAAAGCAGAAUCCAUAUGACACUCUUGAGGAAAGACAGACAACAUUAGUUUUGCUCUGUAUCUAAGCUUUGCUCUACGUCAGUGUGCACACAGAGGAAACAAACAUCAUCCAGAGCUAUUCCUAGACUGAAAUUUGAUUUGAUGUAUGUUAUGCAAUGUUGAAAAAACAGCAUCGGGUUGAACGGGAAGGAGAAACAAUGAUUUGUAAACACAAACAGCUUUUUGAUAACCUAAAGGAGACAUUGCUUCAUACUCUCACUAGUUGAAAGCAGUUGACCUGUGCUAUCUGUUUAACACUCAGGCUCUUGACCUGAGAGUAAGAGUGUUGAACCUCAUCUCUUUGCUCAAACCUCUCCCAUCUCACUUUCUGAACACAGAGCCUGUUUUCCGAUGAACCUGUAGACAGAUCAGAUCCUGUCUGAAUCACAUCUGCUCUACAGAUCUGUGAAACACACCAGCCCAGACAAUAGUGUCAUGACUCAGCAUUUUCUCCAUUGCACAAUGUUUAUGCUCAGUGGGACUAUAUUCAGAUUGACAGAAUAAAAAACUCUUAGCGAACUUUUUUGCAUUACAUAUUUCGACCCAUGUCAUAAAAACAUCCACCUCGUCCUGGUACGUAGGAAAUGUAUAAAACAAAGUUAAAACUCUUGUGAGGAACUUUUGGGUUUUGUGCCCGUUGUGGACAAACCAUCUGUAGUGGUUUCAGAUAGAAAAAUCUCUGCCAGGAAUACUCUGUAUGGAGUUAUAAAUGUCAUGGUGGAAGGUGAACUGACACCAUAGUGUUUGGUCCAUCUGUUGAGCACAGCUUGGGUGCUCACCUUAUUUGUCCAGGACGGGGAUCUGAUAGCUGUCAAUUAAGUUUACUUGUGGUACGACGGAGAGUACGACUUCAACGCUAGAAUAGGGGAGAGUGGGGUAAGUUGAGCCAAAGGGUAAGUUGAGCCACCCCCUGUUGCUUGGAAAUGGUAAAAGAAAUUGAUCAUGUGACCAAAUAUUUAGGAGAUGGGCAUCAAUUCAUGGAGUCUGUGAAGGUUAAAAGCACAUGGGUGAAGGGGUUAGACAUUUAUUACCAAAAAACAUUUUUCACUCUUGAAAGUGAAUUUAGUCUUGUAUAAGUUUUAUGAGAAUUGUGUUCAGACCAAAAAAAGAUCAUUUUAAUUUUGUUUUAUACAUCAAUUGUGGUAUCUAUGGGCUACAACAUGAGGUCAAAAACUUAACAUAAAAGUCCACCAUUUUAGCUUAGAGGAAAAAUAAAGUCAUCAUAGUAGUUCUGGGGUAAGUUGAGUCAAAGUAAAGGAGUCUGAUGAGAGGAUCAGUGUUUCAGUUCAGAUUGUUGAAAUGUUUUACUUUUUCUUUUCAAAAAUACAGCUGUGAAUGUUCUGAAUCACUUAAAGACAUUCUCAUGUUAAAGUGGCUUUUUACAAAACAUGAAUGUGAAGAAGUGACUGUUAUUUAGGGAGAAAGGAGGUGAGGGAAGGAUGGGGUGGAUGGUGGGGGUGUAGUAGGGAUAAAGCUCAUCUUACCCCACUCCUAUGGUCAACUUACCUCAUGCACGGGGUAAGUUGACCAUAGGAGACCCCUUUUUUGGCAUGCUAUAUUAUCAAGACAGUUCUGUUCACACUCAUUCUGUCAGGUUUACAGAGAUGCACAACAUCUUGAAAUAUAUGCAGAUACACUAGUUAGAGACAAAACUAUGAUCGUCUUGAUGUAGUGAUCCAAAAUAUAAAAGAUGGCUCAUCUUACCCCACUCUCCCCUACUAUGUUUUGGCUGAUCAGUGUAUCUAUGAGUGUUUCAGUUUUCCACAGCACGCGAUGUGUUGACAUGGAGCAACGCCAGAAGUUUAUCCAACCAGUUGAGAGCAGCUGAUUGUCUCUUGUGCCCUCAAUAGACAGUAGUCUAUACAUGAUGCCAAAAUUCAGCCUCAACCUGUCGAUCAGUCACUCCACCAUCGAUUUAGCCCCAAUUUAGAAACUCUUUUGCAUCAUUUCCUCUGAAAAAAUAUCAUCAUCACCUGUUUUUGAUUUGUGAUACAAUUCUUUCACUUUCUCCAUGGCUGUGAUUAAAAACCACUUGGUAAAACUUGAAAAUAAUCUCUGAUGAUCUCAGUUACUGUUUUACAUCAAUGGGAUCAUCCAUAUUGUUUCAGUCUGAGCAGGAACUUCAAACAUGAUUAAAGAACAAGUGGUCAAGAGCACUUUUCUGCAUAUGUUUGUAGAGCGCUUCUCCGUGUACAUGUGAGAUAAAAGCUCCAGGGUUAAUGACCUUGCAGUCAGUUUGUUACGUGGAGUAAACAGCGAGUCUAUCCUCAGCAAGGUCAGUGAAAAAAAAAACCUUUGGAUGGUUUAACCAUUAAAGGGAAAUCUGCAAGCUUUGUGUUUCUAGGAAGUAUCACUGAAGUCAUCAAGUGACGGUUUUUGGAGAUGGCUCAUCAGCUUUGAUACUGCAUGUCAUUCCCAACAGUGUGUUCUAAACUGGUAUAAAAUACUAAUUCUUUUUGCCUAAGGGACCAAUUUUCUCCUUCAUGUUCUCUUAAAGCCGGAGCAUUGCUUAUUGCCACACCACACCACAACACCGUCUUGCUUUCCUAUUGAUUUCAUUCUCUUAGGCCAGUCCAGACACAUCCUUUCGGAUGAGUGUGGAGCAAGAAACGUAAGCCAAGGUGUGCCGUGAUGCUCCGAGAAAGACUGUUGCUCAGACAUGAUCCAAAUGAUCUGACGUUAGCCCAAGGUGCGAAAGCGGUGGGUCACACUGUGCAUUUUGUCAUAAAAGUGAGCACAUCAGUCCAGAGGAGUGUAAUAUUGUAUCCCUAUAUGUGCAAUACUUGGCUGACGUAUGUCCUCGUUUCAGUGCCUUUAAACCAGCCAUUGAAAGCACUCCUUCAAAUGUGUUGGCACACGCAGAUCAAGGGCAGGGAGAAGAUAAACAGAAGUGCCAACAAGCUGUUUUAACCUUAUGAAGCCAAGGUUUGAUUCAACACAGAGAUGGAAAAAUAAAAUCUGUAUAUAAGUGGGAGACAGAUGAUGUUAAAAAGUUCAAUUAAAAGGGGGAAAGUUAUUAACCUGCACCCAGUGAAUCAGGGUUAGUUUACUGAUGUUUCAAAUCUCCACACUGGCUGUUAAGUGUAGUGGGAAAUUAUUCAAAUGGAGCUAAAGGGGCGCAAAAAGAUUCCCAACAAAUGCCUCACAUGACAAUACCUCCUGCACAUGUUGCUAUGGGAACAACGGGGCAUGUGAUGUGCAUGCAUGUGUUGUCCACAGGCUCCAGUCUUAAGAAAUGCCCCUCUUCCAACACACACAAGCACGCACAUGCAUAUCUACGGCUGUGACUGUUUCCCUCCUCCUCCUCCUCUCUCUCCUGGAGGCAAGUCCUGAGGUGUUACACGAGGAAGUCCAGUAACAUUUCAAGAUUUAAGACAAGGUUCUUUCUCAGAUGACAAAAUUGUGUUUUUUCUUACUAGUAAUUCUGUUUAAUUCUGACCAUAAAUAAGCAGUUUGUAACAGGGUCCAUUGAAAACCCCACAAAGUUUUUAUUCAAACCAGAGAAAUAUAUAUAUACUAUAUAAAAAAGGUAAGGGCUCUCUGACACAGGGGUGAGCCCAGGAGGUUACCAGAGGUGCCUUUGUCCCCCCCUUGGGUUCUAAUCAGCUGCCCUUAAAUUCCAAACUUUGAUCAACUAUUUGCCUUGUUGGGUUUGGGGCUCACAUGAAAAUCAGCUAGGCAAUUUAGAUUGUGUUGCAGCAGGGUGUUAGGAGCUUUCUUUGCAUUUCAGUGGAAUAUAAUCUGUUUUGUUCGUUUUAUUCGUCAUGGAAGGAUUGUGCAUAAAGGUUUAAUAUGUUGCCACUCCAUUCUGCUGCUUUGAAAGAUAAUUAAUUAGAGACGAGAAUGCAAUACUUGUAUGUAAAGAAUAUGUGGAGAUAAAAGUGCAAAUGAAUGCUUUCUGUUUGUGUUUGAGUCAUAAACCCUGUUCUCUCCAUGUAAACAGAUGGAGGAUUAUGGUUAAAGGUCCUUACACACCGGGGCCGACACAAAUAUAGAACGCGAAAUUACGAAAUAUUCAGAGGCGAAUUUUGAUGCGCCUAACUAUACAAAUCAAGCCCAAUGAGAUUUUGCGACUUUCUUGGGGGAAAAAGAUGCAUCCCGGGGAAGACUUCCCGGGGAAAGUCCCCUCUCCUUCGCCUCUGAUUGCAUGGCUGUUUAACUGCAAAACGGAGGAGACUACACCAUCCAUCUUUGACUGUUAUUUUUCCAAUCAUAUGGGCAAUUUUUUUCUAACUACAGUGCUUAUAUGAGUCAUUUUUAUUCCAAUUGGGCAUUUUUUCCAAUUCUUAUCUGAUUAGAAGUGGUUUUCUAGGGCCACCUGGUGCCCCUGUUAGCCUAUGGCCCCCAGUCAAAAUAGCUUGUGAACACCCCUGCUUGGUAAUGAAUUUCAAUAAACAAACCAAACAAAGUUUAGCACAAGAAGUUUGACAUGAAAAGGUUUCUGGAGAUGAGAUCCCAUUUACAAUUUCUAGAAAGUCAUAUAUAAGAAGGAGAGGAGGAGAUAACACUAUGGGAAAUGUCUUUCACCUUCCAGUCUGCCAAAAAAAUACUUUGGGAAGUAAAGAAGAAAUCAUUGCCCUUUAAGCUUAGUUUGAAAAAUGAAAGAAAAAAGUCAAAGAGGGUUAGGGAAGCCGUAUCCUUUCAUUUCUCCUUUUCUGGAGAAAAAAACCCUGUACGACAUCCCACAGCACGUUUUUUACGUCAAUUACCCAGCCUGUCACGAUUAGGCUGCAACGGAGCAACAAUCACCGUCCUCUGACAGCGGGGUGGAGGCGGGUCCUGGGAUUGCAACAAGUGUUUGGGGUGCCCUGCAGGCAGAUAUUCCUCUGUGGAAACUUUCGGGACGCUCUGUGGAUGUAAGGAGAGGAGAGAUUCGACUUUCACUCACCAAGCGUCUGUGGAUGUAGACAGCAGGAAUCCUCAGCAGGAGCAGACACAACCGUUUUUAUAUCAAGUCUACUAACAUAAACCACUCACCAUGGAUAACAGAUCAAUCCCCACGAUGGACCCGGGCUGCCUGCGAGAACCUCCUCUCGCCAUCGACAUCAUCCUCAGUGAGUUGAAACAACAUUUUCAAGUUUUAUCCUCCAGACUGGAGUCAGCCUGGUGUUCUGUUGAUUAUUGCGUCGGUUCAAUCUGUUCCCACAAGUUCCUCGACCCCAAUCUCGGAGUUGCUGGGAGGCUGUGGGUUGUUGGUCUUCCCUGUGCAUCUAGUGCUCCUGUUUUUCUCCUGGGUGGACUGAAGUACACCACUUCACAGUCUACAUUUCUAGAGCCCAACAGCUAGAGCUGAGAAAGGUACAAAUAACCACCAGGCAAGAUAAGCACCCCUGUAAAACCUUAAAUUAAUGUCAAAAAUUCAGUGUUCAGUGACAGAUUUUAAAAUAAUUAUCAUGUUAAUCCAUAAAUCCACUUCCCUUGGCUGCUGGUGUUAUUGUGAAUGUUGGAUAAUCCUUUUCACUUCUUAGUGUUAUACUCCGUGGAGGUUUUGCAGCAGCAUACAGAUAAUCCACCUCGGAAGAGCUGAGCAUUAUUUUUAGGACUUAAAUUCUAAAGUAGUAAACAAGAUGAUGGAACAGAAAAUGUGUUCGUAAAAUUAGUCAUUAAAAUAUUUUGUUUUUAUUAUUCUUUAAUGAAAUGGGUUCAAAAAAAUACACCUUUUUUUACUGUGACUAAACAAAUGUUAACAAAACUCAUGAUAUUUUUGUGUUAGAGAUUCAAAUUUUCUUCCUCUGAAAUAUAUUUCUGAAUACACUGGUGUAUAAAAUUUGAUUAUAGAUUAGAAAGUGUCUGUCCGUGGGGUUCGACAGUUGAAAACUCCAAGAAGAAAUCAAUCCAUGUGAAAGUGGUUUCCUGUAUUUUAACAUCCAGGUUGUUACUUUUUCCUCUUCUAAGUUAAACUAUAAGGCAUUUACACUUAAAUGACAUGAUUGAUUUUAAACUUUUUCUUCUAUUAUGAUUUCAUUACUCUGAUUCAUCCCCCUUUGCCACACUCGGCUCCCUUUCUUUCACUCUGACUACUUAAAGGCGUGUUGAGGCCUAAUAUUUGUGAUGAGCAAAGAUGAUAUUUUUUUGUUACUGAAGUUUCAGGGCGAUUUUAUAUCCUAUGUUUGGAGUAAAGACUAAAUGGAUAAUGCUGCUUGGUGCUACACCCUCAUCUGGACUCUGGUUGUCUGAUUUAUGAUCAUAGAUUGAAGCUUACAUCCUCUGUUUCCCAUAAAUGAUUGGGUUUUAUGUUCUCUUUGGUUUUGUAGCCCUUUAAUGCCUGACACCACAAAUUAUGGCCAGAAAAUUCAACAUUUUUUGGAGCUGAAAUGUUUAUUUCACUUACUAUUCAAAAACCAAAAAAAUCCAAAUGUCCUUAAAAUUUAACAAAUAUAUUUUUUUUAUCGCAUUUGAUACAUUAGAUGUUUUUGGAUAGAAGUUUUGAUAGAAGUCUAUAAAAGUAUGUAUCAAAUAUGAUGCAAAAGGACAUAAAGGGUUAAAAACUUUGUAUUUUUAAAUAAAAGAGAUUUUUUAAAAACACUUCUCUAUUUUAUCAUAAUUUCAUAUUAUAUGUUUUUUUAACAAAAUUUCCCUUAAUGUCUUUUAAAGAUAGACGAUUAUUCCGCUGGCCAAUCAAUCAGGUAGAUCAAUCAGCGUCAUACCGGCCUUGCUAAAUGAAAAACUUGUUUAACAGCAUAAAAGCAGUUACUCACCAGUAUUAAACAUUAUAAAAUUUAUAUACACCUUUUUUUUGGUCUUACUUACAUCAGAUAUCUGGACAGAAAAUCCAAAGUCCCCUGUGGCAACGUUUCACGAAGCCAAGUACUUUUCUUUCUACAUUUAUCUAAUGAAACGUUCAUUCGAGGUAACAUGCCAGUAUAACAACAAUGUGAUAUCCGCUGUUAAAUAAACUUAUGUCAAUUAAUCCCUGGUGACACUAUAGAGCAAAUGGUCUCUUGUGAAACCACUCUUCCAAGGAACUUCCUCAGACAAGGUAUGACUCAAAUAUCAGUACAAUCACCCAUUGUUUAUCUUGGUAAUUAUGUUGAUGCGUAGAUAACAAAAAUAUGUUGUGCCAAGUUCUUUAUGUAAUCUUUUAAAUCUUUUUUUAUUCAAGUCAUUACAUAAUGUGGUGAUGAUAACUUUAUAUUUUAAAAUAGAAGAAAAAAAAGUGUCUGACGAGACAUACUGGUUGAUAUAUACCACAUCACAGUUUAAUAAUAAAAAGUAUUUCUUUAGAUUAAAAGAGUUUAUCAAAAGCAGAGAAAGAGAAAGUUUGCCCCUCGAGAGGACAUCCUGACCACAAACCCUUAAAAUAGCAGUGCUUGUUUGUGUUGUUAACGGCCCAUGUGUUUUCUAGUGAUGUUUACCGUUAAUGACCCUGAAUACCAGGAAGCAAAUGAAUCAGAUUUACAGGCAACAUACUGAAACACUUUCCUCAGCCCCCUCUCCUACUUUUUCUUUCUGCCUAUCUUUGUCUGAAACAUCUGUUGGACUGAUUCAAUUGUGACCACAUGUGUCCUCAAGUUUCAGUUUUCAUGAAAAAGCCCACCAUCACUCAUCGACAACUUGUGUUUGCUUCCAGAGAAAUUUGUGAAAUAACCAACAGUGACUGAAAAAAUUAAUCCCAAGUGUCUCCUUCCAUCCUCUAAUUGUUUUUUUCUGUCAACGUGUGAGUCCAGGGAACAGUCUGCAUUCGAUUUCCCCUGUUGCAGUCAUCGUUUUUACUGCUACACAAUCUAGUUUGAGCCAUUGUCAGUUCUUUAUGUCACAAACACACAUAAAUUACCCUUUGAUUAAACCUGUUUUUAAUGUGCAAUAUUUCCAAUGACACAAUUCUACCAUCAUCUCUUUUUUUUGCAGGAUUUGUGAUUCAGUCAGUCUCCUAAUUUUUCCUUGUAAUGAAAAACUUAUUUAAUUUAAAAAGGAUGAGUUAUAAAACUUACCCUAGCUGCAGUUGUUGGGAACGAGGACAUCAAAGCUCCUGUAAGGAACUUUUGGUUGGUGUCAAUUUUAGCACUACCUGUGGGCAAAGUAAUCUCCCUCUACAUGCGUAGGUAAAUUCAUCACAGCUAGUAAAAAUUUUAUGUGAAGAUUGUAAAACAGGGCUGCCUCCUCAGCCACUCAGCUGAUCGCUUCAUACUGGUUUCAGGCACCUAAAAUGACGAUAUAAAGACCCUCAAUCUUGUCGCUGACAGUCCUUUUCAAAUUUCUGUCUGCUUCAUAAAUGUGAAAAGUCCUUUAAGGAAUUUUUAAGUUCAAACUGUUUUUGUUAAGCAUGUGUCAUUUUUUAAGAAAAACAGGCAUUUAUCUACAUCGGUAUCUUGGCUAACCUAAAGUAAACAGUAAGUCUCAGAGAGUGUAGCAAUAGAUCGUUUUUUCCUUCUGUUAUGACAUGUUGAACUUUUGCUUUAAGGAUGUCAUUUACCAGCAGGAAUUAUUUUUUUAUGCUCAUAAACUCAAAAUAACCAGAAGUGAAUCAUCACUGCAACGCAUACUUCUUCUUGAAUGCUUAUUUUUCACAGUUCUUAGUGAUAGCACAGUGUUUAGCAGUGUUAUCAGACUGCUUUUUCAUUUUGUGCAGGUCUAGUGUCAGAUUUACUGGUGAAGGGCUGAACUAAGUGUAGUAAAGGUAUUUGAAGUUUUGUUUUGUUCAAGGAAAAUUAAGGUAAUCAAACACUUUUCUAAUUUGUUUUCAAAUUGCCAUUAAAAUGCACACAGAAAACAUAUCCCGGUGUCAGUUCUGCCCUGUAUCUUGCAGCCAUGACAUCAACACCAUUAUCUACAUGGUUAGUUUGGUGAAUAUCAAACUUUCUGGAAGCAAAUAGUUCACCUUGCAUGCUAACAUGUUAACUCUGCUAACUAUUAGCAUGUAAGCACAGCCAUGGUGGGCAUGCUAAUACAUGUGUAAAACUACUCUAAUCUUCAUGUUUACUCUCACUGAGCUGUUAGCAGGGCUGUUGACCUGACUUCUUAUGAGGACGUCUCCCUGCCUCUGGGCUUCUUGGCUUUACUUGGGGUGUGAUUAUUUCCCUCUGAUUAGACAUAUGAAGGCUGUGAGCACAUUAAAACACAUCACCUUAAUAGUUAAAGGACUAAGCAGUGCUAUUAAUCAAGCAGCUUUCCAGUAAAAACAUACCCCGUUCAGAAACUAACAUAUGAUGUGGGUCUAAUCAAAAUACAGAUGCAGCUCAAAAAUUUAAACGAUCAUUUUUUCUCCAAAUUGGCAUUUUACUUGUUUUGUAAUUGUAUUAACUGAUCCAGUCAACAACCAUAUUCAGGUUCAAUUUCUGUUGCAUAGCUUGUGAAAUUAAGAGUUGCGGGUAAACGGCUCGUUUCCCUCCCUCUCUCUAGAGUUGGACAUCUUCGGCAUCAUCCUGUACUCCGUGCUGACCUUCAUGGCAGCAGUGUCCAUGCUGAUCUACAUAGAGGAGUGCGUCUACAUCUACAGAAAAGUCCCAAACAAUAAGAAGAGUGUGAUCAUCUGGGUGAACGGGGCAGCACCGGUAAGAAUAACGAUGGGAAAUCCUGAAAAGAAAGCAGAUAGUCAUAUUUCAACAUUAGUGAAGAAGGUUCAGUUCUCCUCAUGGUGAUUUACUGUUUCUCUCGUUGGUUUCAGGUGAUCGGCACCAUGUCCUGCCUUGGGAUGUGGAUCCCAAGAGCCACCAUGUUUACUGACAUGUUCUCUGCCUGGUGGGUCUCUCUCUGUCUGCUUCUCUUUAGCUCAGUUUUCACCUUUCACAGAGCUGUGUGUUUUAUUACGCUCAAAAACGUGAACUUCACACCCUACCAUGAUUUCUGAAUCAGGGAACAGAUGGUUGUUUCUCUUUUGAUCCUUUCUUCUAUACUCUCCACUUGUUAUUCACUCCCCAUAUCUUCUCCGUAGUUACUUUUCCAUCGUGGUGUUCAAGUUCCUGAUCUUGAUGGUGGAGGAGGUGGGUGGCGACGAGGCCUUCCUCAGGCGGGCAGGAAAACAUAAGCUCAGGAUCAGCACAGGGCCGUGCUGCUGCUGCUGCCCAUGUCUCCCAUAUGUUGCCAUCACAAAGUAAGCGCGCCAAUGAUAUCCAAUUCUUGGUUUUCAUCUGCUUAUGUAAUCAAUACCUCAAACUUCUAACAAUACCCUGGGAGUUAGUGGCUUCUGGGGAAUACUAAGCAGAGACAUAUGUUAGGUUUGGUAACAACAUCAACUGUCUGCAUGUGGAUUUAGAAACUGGAUCCCAUUAUCCUCAGCGAGGGAGAGCACAUGUUUAUCAGAUUAGAACUUACUGAGAAACUUUAUAUCAGCCUCACUGCCAGUGGCACAAAAAUGUUGUUUUUGGAACAUGAGGUGUUGCUUGUUUUGCUACUAAAAUGACAUUCUUUACAGGGCUCUUUAUGAUAAGUAUAAGGGGUUAUCCUUCACUGGGACAAGGUUCAACAUCUAAUGAAACAUGCUUAUUGAUUUUCCUCUCGAGACUUAUAUAAGGAGUGGAACAGCAUCUCAGAUCUGCCCUGUAGAUAUAAGGCUAUAUUAUCUCAGCACAAAAGCAGGAAGCAGGAAAAAACUGGUUGCUAAGCUAUUCCCUACAAUAACUAAGCAUGCUGGUAUGUGUCUCAUUUAAUUAGUACACUCAGAUGCAGCUCAGAGAACUAGAAUGUCCUGAAAAAGUUAAUCGUUUCCUUAAUUUGAUUUUAAAGAAUUGAAGUUUUCAGAUAUUAUAGCUUCAUCACACAUAGCGUGAAAUAUCUCAGGGCUUUUAUGGUAUCAUAGUUGCCCUCAGCUCGUCUGUAUUUUUGCAAAGAAACACUACAUUCAGGAAAUCAGCUUGUGGUAGUUUUAGCGUGGGCAGGUGCUGAAUCCGUCACCACAAAGCAUGAAGUGCUCUAAAAUCUCCUGACUGUUGCUGAGCAGUCAUGCAAUGCGAUUGAAGCAGAGAUUCUCAAAGCUGCUACUGUGGCCACAACCACCGAUUUAUUGAGGGGUAAGCUUGGUUGCUGGCAGGUCUAGGAGGUCUUUGACCUGUUUGGAGGUUGCUUAACCUCACAGAAUGUCUCCACAUACAGCAUAGAAAAAAGCCAACCACUUUGUUGACUGUAGGUUGAACACACUGCUGGCCAUUCAACUCUUCCAGAAGACAGCAUGUGUGUAUUUGUCAUAUAUGCUACAGUAGACUAGAAACCUGGCUUUCCCCUUACCAUCUGAUUAAAGAUGAUCAGACUGUUUUUGUCCCGUUUUCCCCUUCCCGACCAAGGACAACCAUCGGAAGAUUAUCUUAUGUCUUCUAAGAUUAUCCUGUGGUCUGGGGUGUAUUAAGAGUGAAUUUGUCCCGAUAAUUGGGUCCGGAAUGGGUCGGGGCGGACAAUCAUAAAUAUUAAACUUGUUCAAUAUUACGACCAGAAAUCUUCACAUGUGGCGGGAAAGCCGACGAUCCCGAGUCAUGACUGAUGAAUUGUCACAUGAAACAGAAUGUAGCCAAUCAAGAAGGGGGCUGAGAAACAAGGAAACAAAUAAAGUGGGAAAAAAAUCUUUUUGAUUUUUUUUUUAUUUCUUUUUUUAGUACGUGAUUUUUCUGUGAAAAAGUCUACCAUAACCACCAUCAUUCCCUCCUUUUGUGUGUCCUCUUCCAUGUUGCGUCUUUUGUUUCCCGGUUUUUGCUUCUUAGUCAUUUUUGUUAGAUCAUGUUUUAUCAUGCAAGAUUUCUGUCUUGGAAGACUAGACUCUAGAUCGGUGGUGAAACAGAGUCGUUUUGUGUGUGGUGUGCUGUGUUGAGAUUAUCAGAGCACACAACACAGAGUACAAUCAAAACUGUUCAAUGCCUGAUUUUUUAUCUUGAUGUGUGGGGUCUGUAACAGAUAAAAAAUCUCUUCAGAUUUAAAAAAUCCUUAUGUGUGUGUAUCCCGCUUAAGGCUGGCUGCAUUCCCAUAACAAAUAAUGGAUUUUUGAUUAACUCUGCCUCCAUGGCCCAUUUGUUGUGUAUGUCUGUCUGUGGUGGUUGGUUUGCAAGUCUCAACACAAUGUUCUGCAUGCUGGAGUCUGACAAUGAUGAACAGAUGUGCUUACGCAUUACGCUAUGCACUGCUAAAGAUGAUUUCCAUCAGAGUAAAUACUCAGAAAGUCCUUUUAUGUUGAGACUGACUGAUAGACACAGUGAUGGUUACGAUGCAGGAGACGGGUGAGAUAAGACACAAGGAGCCUUUUUAUUCUUUGAUGUGGUUCCCAGAUUCCCAUCAUCAACUUUCACUGCCUUUCUGAGGAAACACUUCAGUUUAUGAGAAAUCAGAGCACACCUCAUGGGGUUUAUCGGUACAUUCAGAUAUGGACUUGCCUGAAUUGUUCAAAACAUCCUGUGGAUAUAAUGGAGAUAUGAUGGUUCAGGGAAGCUGGGGAAUACGCAGAGGACCCUUGAAUGUUCUUUACAGAAAAUACAAACCUGAAAUCGUUUUCUGCCAUCUGUGCUUUCUUUGAAUCCUUUUUCUCUCUCCCACCUACAGGCGCUCUCUCUUCCUGCUCAAACUUGGCUCCUUCCAGUUCGCCCUCCUGAAGCCAGUCUUUACCAUCCUCUCCAUUGUCCUCUGGACCAAUGGGACUUUCAACCUGGCUGAUGUGAGUCAGUAGCAUAGAACAAGUUGUCCAAAAUCCCCCAGUGUCAUUAUAUUUGUUCUUUUCUUUUUGUGUCAGUGAAUUUCCAGCUCCUUACUCCCCACUGAGUCAUUUCCGAUUGUUUUCUUGUAAUUUUGGUAAUUGAAAAGACUGAACAAACAACUACGAUGUGUGGUUUCUCCCUUCAAAACAGCAUUAUGUGACCAGUUGGCCAACUUUGAGUAUUGUAUUUAAUUUAAGGACAAUGAGACGUGUUCCUGUCAGAGAAAACAUGCUGAAAUUAUGUGUUAUUUAACUUAAAGCUAUUUUAGAUUUCUAGGGGGGGAAUUUGAAAAAAAUCUUUGAGGAGUUUUAUUUUGAAAUUCUUGGAAACUUCAUGAUAAAUAUUUGAAAAGCUCAAUGAAGAUCAUUUUCACUGUUCAGAAAUGUUACAAAUUUUCUAAAUUGUUUAGAAAUUCUCAGGAAUUUUCAAAAGAUCCAUUCACAAUUAACUUGUAAAGAUUCAAGGGAUUGUUUCUGCAGUUGUAAGCAAAACUAAGUCAUUAUCCAUCCUGGAUUGAGUGUGCUUUGCUUUUGUGUUUUCAUGUGUUUUCUCCACUUUUUGAAAGAAAUUAUAAUCUAAGACAGAGAAAUGUUAGGACUAACAAUUAGUGUCAGGUUUCAUAUGAGGAAUAAAAUUUAGGACACCUAAAUAUAUUCAAGCAAACUUGUAUUUUAAAUGAUAGUAGGUGGGAUUUUUUCACUGUUUUCCUGUCAGCGCUCACUUGGUCUUAUUUUUUCCUGCCUUUACCAAAUUUACUCACUUUAACUCUGUCUGCGUGAUUGUGUUUUAGUUGUCCAUUACAGGAUCUGCGAUCUGGAUCAACCCUUUUGUCGGUAUCUUGACAAUCAUAGCCCUGUGGCCUGUAGCAAUCAUGUUCAUGCACUUGAGGACAACUCUGCGCUCACUCAAGAUCAUCCCCAAGUACGCCAUGUACCAGGUGAGAAACGCUUUGAACACACAUGAACUUGACACGUCUAUGCACACAAACAGCUGUUAGCACACAUGGACAGUAACUGGAGACACAAAAAUCUAUAUGGCCUGCUGUCAGCAAACAGUAAUCUCCUAUAUCUUGUCAGGUUAUUGGACUGUCAUGAUUUAUUUUACAAGAUUUUCCAGUGUUUUUGCUCAUCAGGUUAAACAGUGUUUGUCUGUGUAUGUGCGUGUGUGUGUGUGUUUGUAGCUCGUGCUGAUCCUGAGCCAGCUCCAAACAGCCAUCAUCAACAUCUUGGCCUUGAACGGAACAAUCGCCUGCACUCCACCUUUCUCCUCCGCCGCCAGAGGAUACAGUGAGUCAACAAUCAUGCACAAGGCUGUUCUGUUCAUCAGUGUGACGAACAAUGAGCUAAACUCAUCAAAACACAGCUCUCUGUUACAGCUAAUCUCUGUUCACACAUGUCUCUGCAGUGAUGAGUCAGCAGCUAUUGAUCCUCGAGAUGUUCAUCAUCACUCUGGUAACCCGUCUGCUGUAUCGCCGACAGUAUGAUCCUUUACCUGAAGAGGAACACGAAGACAAUGAAAACACAAAGAUGGCCCCGGAGCCGUAAGGCUGCUUGAGAACUGUGUAUAAUGGAUGUAUGAGUGUAUGAGUGUGUGAGUGUGUCAUUUUUAUUCCCUGCAUGAAUUUGAUUAUGAGAUUAUAUGUAUAAAUAAAUAUGGAUAUGAAUUACAUCUAUAAAGGCUUGCAGUAUUUGUUUGUCAGAGGUCAGAGUUUGCUUGUACCAUAUAUAUAGUCAGGUGUGAAUAUGACUUAACCCGCCCAAAAAAAAUCUAACAGAAAGUUUCUCAGCUGUUUUUUAUAGUAGUAGAUGUCCUUAAUAACAUACUAAAAGUUUACCAAAGUUUGACCACUAGAAAGGUGUCAUUUUCACGAUGGCGUCCAUGAUAGGUUGGAAGCCUGGGAAGACACCCCAGGUGAAUAGGGUAAAAUUUUUAACUAACAAAUAUCACCAUGAAACUUCCCAAGUUUAAAACUUACAUUAAGACAAACAUUUUUUGUAUUACAAGUUUUGUCGAAUGUUAUGUUGGAAUAUGUAAAUGAGGCAAUAUCUAAUUAAAUAUGCACUAAUUUGCAUACAUUUCCAGAACCGGAAACUGAACAUGGAUAAAGCCAAAGUUUCAAAUUCUUGUUUUAUUUUGUUGACAUAGAGUCAGAAAGGGGGGGCACUUUGGAUAACUCUUUUUAUCACUCUGUAAAUGAGAAAAUACUGUAACCACCCUUUAAAACAUGAAAAUAUUGUCAUGUGUUUUUUUUCCAUGUCCUUAAAAUGACCAUUACUCCUUUGUAUUUAUUCUAGACCAGGAAUACUGGUGCCUGAUACAUGUUUUGAACAUUUUAUAUUCUAACUAGCAUAUUUGUAUGAUAAAUAAGUGAUAAAUAACUAGUGCCCCAGAAUGAAUACAAAGGAGUAAUAGUCAUUUUAAGGACAUGGGAAAAAAAACCACAUGGCAAUAUUUGAAUUUUUAGGGGUGGUUACAAUAUAUACAUAUUUAAUUAGAUAUUGCCUUAUUUACAUAUUCCAACAUAACAUUUGACAAAACUUGUAGUGCAAAAAAAUAUUUGUCUUAAUGUAGGUUAUAAACUUGGGAAGUUUCAUGGUGAUAUUUUACCCUAUUCGCCUGGGGUGUCUCCUCGGGCUUCCAACCCAUCAUGAACGCAAUCUUGAAAAAGACCUUUCUAGCGGUCAAACUUUGGUAAACUUUUAGUAUGUUAUUAAGAACAGCUAAUACUAUAAAACAGUUAAGAAACCUUUUGUUAGAAUUUGUUUAGGGUUAGUUGUUUUAUUUACAUUUUUUUAUUGGCAAUGCUUUAUUAUGUAAGAGCAUAACUCGCUCCAAUUACUGAUAAAUCACCCUAAUUCCACCCAUGAUGGCGUGGGAAUGUGUAAGUGUCAUGGACGUUGCACACGCAGAGUAUUUGCUUUUACUACAUUACAAGUUUUGAUAAAGGUUUGGAAAACCCUUUGA